CAGGCACGCCAGAGUUUGAACCGACGUUCAUGCAGGAGGCAACAGGACUGCAAUGAAGGCCAGGCAUGUAAUAGCUCUUAAAGAACAAAGACAUUACCAUGUCCUUAAACUACAUAAAGAACUUCUAUGAGGGAUGUGUAACUCCGGCCUCCAACUGUGAUUGGUCAGUUCCACACCCUGUUUUUUGGCUCUGUGCGCAUGUUCUUCCUGGGUGUUCUGGGGUUUGCAGUUUAUGGGAAUGAGGCCCUUCACUUCAGCUGUGAUCCUGACAGAAGAGAGCUCAACCUCUUCUGUUAUAAUCAGUUUAGACCUGUGACGCCACAGGUGUUUUGGGCUCUUCAGCUGGUGACUGUGCUCGUUCCAGGAGCUGUGUUCCAUCUUUAUGCGGCCUAUAAAAACAUUGACCAAGAGGAUAUUCUGAAACAACCAACCUACACUGUGUUCUACAUCAUUUCUGUCCUCUUGCGAAUCGUCCUUGAGGUGGCAGCAUUCUGGCUUCAGAGUCGCCUCUUUGGAUUCCUGGUUCAUUCGUUGUACUUCUGUGAUGCCAGUUCACUGGAGAAAGCAUUCAACUUGACCAAGUGUAUGGUGCCCGAGCACUUCGAAAAGACCAUCUUCCUCAGUGCAAUGUAUAUUUUCACCAUCAUCACCAUGAUUUUGUGUAUGGCUGAGAUAUUUGAAAUACUCUGCAGAAGGCUGGGCUAUCUAGCAAAUCAACAACGACCAUGAAUUUACCUAAUUACCUAAUUUCCAUUCAUCCAGGCUUUAUCACAUCAUUCUCUACCUCAGGUAGAAUAAUAUGCUGUGAAAUGCAAAAAGAAGCCUUUGUAUAUAUUUUGCAUAUUAAUAAGCUUUAAACUAUAUUCUUCUGUUUGUAUUA